CACAAGGGAAGGGAACCGAGAGAGAGAGAGGGAGUCUUCUCCCUUCCGUGGAACAAGAGAGGGAGGAAGAAUGAGAGAGGGAGGGAGGAGAGCGAGAGUUAGCUCUCUUAUGUGAAACAGGAAGAGAGAGAGAGAGAGAGAUCUGCAGAAUUUUUUUGCGUAAUUCUGGGGGAGCUUAUCGCGUUUGCAUUCAGCUGCUGAUUCCUGUGGGUGAUGGCGACGCCGUUGGCGGGGCUACAACACAGCGAAAGAGUGCUCUCCGCUCAGAUGGUCUGCCCCGUGAACAACCCGGGGAGCAUCGAUCCUUCUUCAUCACCGUCCUCGUCUUCGCCCGCCUCGUCUCAGGGGACUGCGGCUGCGAAGGAGAACCUGCUUAAGUCGUCGCACCGAUCGCCGAUCCUCAUGUUCCUUUUUUUCCACAAGGCCAUAAAGACGGAGCUCGAUCGACUCCACCGGGCCGCGCUCGACUUCGCCACCGGCGGCGACAUCGACGCCUUGCUCGGCCGUUACCAUUUCCUCCGAAUGAUCUACAAGAACCACGUCAUUGCCGAGGACGAGGUCAUCUUCCCAGCACUGGAUAUUCGUGUGAAGAAUGUAGCACGAGCAUAUUCUCUUGAGCAUAAAGGGGAGACUGACCUUUUUGAUCACUUGUUUGAGGUAUUAAACUCCAACUUGCAUGAUGAUGACCAUUUCCGGAGAGAACUGGCUGGAUGCACGAGCGCAAUCCAGACAUCUCUGACUCAGCACAUGUCCAAGGAAGAAGAACAGGUCUUCCCUUUGCUAAUUGAGAAGUUCUCAUUCAAAGAACAAGCUGCACUAGUCUGGCAGUUUCUAUGUAGCAUUCCAGUUAGCAUGAUGGCUGAAUUCCUGCCAUGGAUAUCGUCUUCUCUUUCAGCAGAUGAAAAACAUGAUAUGCGCAGGUGCUUGUCCAAGAUAGUUCCUGAAGAAAAGCUUCUUCAACAAGUUGUAUUUGCAUGGAUGGACGGUACAAAUUCAAUCAGGUCAUGCAAGUCUUGUGAAGAUCUUCAGAUUGAGGGUGUCAUGGAUAAGUAUGAGUAUCCAAAAACUGGUAAAAGGAAACAACCUGAUGAUCCUGAUGCUGGCAGCCCAUGUCCAAUAGAUGAAAUUUUGCACUGGCAUAAUGCCAUAAACAGCGAACUAAAGGUUAUUGCGGAAGAGGCAAGAAAGAUUCAGCUUUCAGGAGAUUUUUCCGACCUUUCAUCAUUCAAUGAGAAAAUGCAUUUUAUCGCUGAAGUCUGCAUUUUCCACAGUAUUGCUGAAGACAGGGUCAUAUUCCCAGCUGUUGAUACAAAAGUCAAGAAAGGUGUUUCUUUUGUUAUGGAACAUGCAAAAGAAGAAAAUCAAUUCAAUGAGAUUAGGUGCCUCAUUGAAGACAUUCAAAAUGCAGAGGCCAAUUCAACUACAGCUGAGUUCUACAGGAAAUUAUGUGCACAGGCUGACCAAAUAAUGAACACUGUGGAACAUCAUUUUCAAGAUGAGGAACUCCAGGUUCUUCCACUUGCAAGGGAGCAUUUCAGUCACAAAGAGCAGCGGGAACUUAUCUAUAAAAGCCUGUGUGUGAUGCCAUUGCGGUUGGUGGAGCGUGUAUUACCAUGGCUUGUAAGCUCAUUGAAUGAAGAAGAAGCAAAAUAUGUUCUUCAAAAUAUGCGCUUAGCAGCUCCACCUUCUGAUGUUGCACUCGUUACACUUUUCUCUGGCUGGGCUUGUAAAGGUCGUGCGCAGGAUAGUGGUGAUGGUGAGGCAUUUGUAUGUCUAUCUUCAGAUCAAGCUGGUUGCCCUCUUAAACAACUAAACUGUGUCGACAAUGAUUUUGAUGGCCAGUGCCGUAUAUGUGGCCCUGCAUUAGGGUCUAAUAGUAAGGAGUUGUUCUGUCCACUGGUCGAUGAAUGCAUAAGGCCUUUGAAACGUGCCAAUGUUGUAGAGGAGUAUGAAAAUGUUGAUAAUCUUGAUAAUUGUGAAGCUGUAAAUUCCAAGAAGCUAUUGAGUAAUCAGCCAUGUUGUGUACCAGGAUUAGGAGUUAGUGGAAGUAAUCGCGGGAAAACACUUACUGCUGCAAAGUGUUUACGUUCCUCAUCAUAUAGUUCUUCUGCACCAUCUCUUUGCUCCAGCCUUUUCACGUGGCAAUCAUGCAUUGGCUCUAGCGGUGGACAAGCUUCUAGACCCAUUGACAACAUUUUUCAGUUUCACAAAGCCCUGAGAAAGGACUUGGAGUAUUUGGAUGUCGAAUCUGGCAAGCUUACGGACUGUGAUGAAAAAAUCCUGCGGCAGUUCAGUGGAAGAUUUCGCUUAUUAAGGGGUUUAUACAAAGCUCACAGCAAUGCAGAAGAUGAUAUUGUGUUCCCUGCUCUGGAAUCUAAGGAAUCUCUUCAUAAUGUUAGCCACUCCUAUAGCAUUGAUCAUAAACAGGAGGAAGAUUUGUUUGAAGAUAUAUCGGCUGUUAUUUCUGAGCUAACACAGGUGCAUGAAGCUUUAAGUGGAAUGAGUGCUGAUAAUAGAGAAAAUAUAUUAGGCUUGUCCAGUUCUCAUGACAAUGAAUGGGCCAGAAAGCACAAUGAGCUUGCAACCAAACUCCAGGGUAUGUGCAAAUCACUAAGAGUUGCCUUAGACCAGCAUGUCUACAGAGAGGAGCUUGAGCUAUGGCCCUUGUUUGAUAGACAUUUUACUGUUGAAGAGCAGGAUAAGAUUGUAGGCCGUAUUAUAGGAACCACAGGAGCAGAGGUACUUCAGUCAAUGCUGCCGUGGGUGACAGCUGCUCUCACUCAGGAGGAGCAAAAUAAAAUGAUGGACACAUGGAAACAUGCAACAAAGAAUACGAUGUUCAGUGAGUGGCUAAGUGAAUGGUGGACUGAAAGCCCUGAGGCAUCUUUAUCAAGAACUUCAGAUAAUAGCAUUUCUGCAGAAGGUAAGGACAUCGAGGAAAAUGCAGAUGAAUGUGAGCAGAUGUUCAAGCCAGGAUGGAAGGAUAUCUUCAGAAUGAACCAAAAUGAACUUGAGGCAGAAAUAAGAAAGGUGUCUAGGGAUUCAUCCCUGGACCCUCGCAGAAAGGCUUAUCUUAUUCAGAAUCUAAUGACCAGUCGUUGGUUAGCUUCCCAGCAGAAGUUGCCCCAAUCAUCUACAGGAGAAACUUCAAGUGGUGAUGACAUACCUGGACAGUGUCCUUCUUUUCGAGAUGCAGAAAACGAAAUAUAUGGUUGUGAACACUACAAAAGAAACUGCAAGGUUGUUGCUGCAUGUUGCAACAAGUUGUUCACAUGUAGGUUCUGUCAUGAUAAAGUCAGUGAUCAUUCAAUGGACAGGAAAGCAACUGUUGAGAUGAUGUGUAUGCGUUGUUUGAAAAUUCAGCCUGUUGGACCAACAUGCAUUACACCGUCUUGUGCUGGAUUUUUAAUGGCGAAGUACUUUUGCAACAUUUGCAAGUUCUUUGAUGAUGAGAGGACUGUGUAUCAUUGUCCAUUUUGUAAUCUAUGUCGCCUUGGAAAGGGGCUUGGUGUUGAUUUCUUCCAUUGCAUGACUUGCAACUGUUGCCUGGGAAUGCAACUGGUGGAGCACAAGUGUAGGGAGAAAGGUCUUGAGACAAAUUGUCCAAUUUGUUGUGAUUUUCUCUUCACUUCAAGUGCAUCAGUGAAGGCUCUUCCUUGUGGUCAUUUCAUGCAUUCUGCGUGCUUUCAGGCCUACACUUGCUCUCACUAUACGUGUCCAAUAUGCUGCAAAUCCUUGGGAGACAUGGCCGUCUACUUUGGCAUGCUUGAUGCCUUGUUAGCUGCGGAGGUGCUUCCUGAGGAAUAUAAAGAUCGGUAUCAGGAUAUUCUCUGCAAUGACUGUGAGAAGAAGGGGAUGUCUCGUUUCCACUGGCUGUACCAUAAGUGUGGUUCUUGUGGCUCAUAUAAUACUAGAGUAAUCUAGGGAAGGACGUCUUUCUGAUGUUGGAAGAGAACAUUAUAGGCACUGGCAGCGUAUUCCUUAUAACCCUUCCAUUGAAGCAGGUUGAAAGAAGGAUGAAAUCUCUCAAGUCUCAACAGGUUGAUGCAGUGUGCUGCUACUCUUUUGGCUCUCAUGUAUACAUGUACAUACGGCCUAGCAUCAUAAACUCUUUCAUUUUAUAGUUAAGGCAGAAGAGAAAACUGAAACAUGCUACAAAAGGACACUGUUACAUUGGCUUUGGUGGAGCGAGCUUUAAAGCUUCUCUAAUUAGACGAUAGCAGACUGACUGAGAUGGAUUGGCCGCCAUUGGUAUGCAACUUGGUGCCACAAAGAUUGGAAGAUAGGAAAGCUCGCUCGCCAGAUGUAAGGUGCUAAUUCUAUCCUAGUGCAACUUGAAAAUCGUUGCUUAUGGGCAUCGGCUCCAGCUCAAUGUUUCACAAUCGGCAGUCCUCGCAGAACAGAUGCUUGUAAAGUGACUGAGUGCUGUGAAUUGGUAGUUACGGACUGCCUCGGUGCAAAAAUUCAUUGGGAAACUUAUAUUUUUUGAAAAUGUAUUCUUAUCAUUGUUGUAUUCUCUGUUCAAUUCUUAUGCUUGUCUUUACAAUUCAGUAUCAUAGUUCAAAAUAUUUACCUCA